GUCAACUGUCACAACUGUCAAUAACUAAUCUUUGUUUCUGUCAAAUUUUGCUAGAUAUUUGUAGAUUUUACGAUAAUUCAAGUGUUUCUCGUUUAAUUUAAGAGCGGAUGAUUGUACAAUAAUAAUAUCUUUAAGUCCUUCAAUUGUACACAUUUGAAAUAUAAAUGAAGAUUUCUUCGCAAUUCACCUAACUGUAAUCAACACAUCCUAUUGUGGACAAAUUAUUUGAUUCUGAUGUGGCCCAAUCAUGUCGAGUCGAACUGUGACUUCGUUAUCUUAGUUAUUUUUCUGUUUUAUGUUAAAGUGUAGUGGUAAACCAAAGUCAGAACUGUAAAAUGGCGUAUCAAACGCUACUCCAAGAAUAUAUGCUCAUACCCCCAGUCACUAGAGCAUAUACCACAGCUUGUGUUGUCACUACAUUGGCUGUUCAACUGGAUCUAGUGUCACCAUUUCAAUUAUAUUUCAACCCUAAUCUUAUAUUAAGAAAAUACCAACUAUGGAGGCUAAUAAGUACAUUUCUCUUCUUUGGAAAUUUAGGAUUCAACUUUUUCUUCAAUAUGAUAUUCACCUACAGAUAUUGUAGGAUGCUUGAAGAGGGCUCAUUCAGAGGAAGAACUGCAGAUUUUGUUGUUAUGUUUGUGUUUGGAGGAGUCCUCAUGAUUAUAGGUGCUUUCUUCGUGAAUUUAUUAUUUUUAGGACAAGCAUUUACUAUUAUGAUUGUGUAUGUUUGGUCUCGUAGAAAUGUCUUUGUGAGAAUGAACUUCUUUGGCCUGAUGAACUUUCAGGCACCUUACCUUCCUUGGGUGUUACUGGGCUUCUCAGUUUUACUUGGCAAUGCAAUAUCGGUAGACUUAGUUGGAAUGGCUAUAGGUCACAUAUAUUUUUUCAUGGAAGAUGUACUGCCAAGGCAAAAUGGAGGUCAAAAAAUAUUGAAGACACCAAAGUUUUUGAAAAAGCUGUUUGAUCCUGCCCCAGAACCAGAUUAUGGCCCACUCCCAGAUCUUGAUCACCUUAGACCAGGUGGAUUUGACUGGCGUCGUCGUAAUGACGAAGAUGAAGCCAGAUAAACUAGAAUUGGCUAAAACUUCAUAUAUAAUGAAAUGAAUACGCCAAAAUAUUUAUUUAAGAAUGUUUCAGAAUUUCUUCUCUUUGUCUAUUAUUUAUGUUUUACUUAUAAAUUUUCUUCUAAACGAUUCUGUAGAAGAAGCAAAUGACUUUUUUCAAAAGAUAUAUUUUUAUAUUCCUUAAAAUGUAGGUACUAUGUGAAAUCUAUUUUCUGUUUUUAAUUAUAUUAAUUUAUAUUCCGAGAUUUCAGGCGCCAAUUCUGUAGUAUUAGCUUAAUGUAUCAGUUUGUAACAGAAGGGAGAAUAAUGCUGAUGUCAACAUUAUUUCAUUUAUUUCUUUAAUAUUCUUAUACAUGUCCACAUGAUGAAAUUAAGGCGAAAGACGAAGAGUAUAAUUAUUUAUAGACGAGAAGUAUUUUCAUUAAAUUUUCUCGAUUAAAACACCAUUAAAUUUAUUUGAAAUCUGAGCUUCAUGUCAGAAUGUACUAUAGAUGGCGCACUUGUUUCUGGGUAACGGUGAUAGUCUGUAUGUAGACUGGUACAAAGUAAAUGUUAACGUGAUUACAUUUACGUCAUAGUGGUGAAUCGAUAAUGUAUUUUGUGUAAAAAAGUUUAUUCAUAAGGGUCUGUUAAUAGUGAAUACAAACUAUUCAUAAAUA